AUGUCCAAAGCCGUGGGAGCCUUCGUCCAAAAGGCUCAAGCUCUCAAGAAUGCUCCUGCAAAAUUCUCGGCUUCAGCCGUGGAAGGGAACCGCAUCAUUCCAUCCAAAACCAAGGACGCUGACUUCCAGCUCCGCAUCGAUGCGGGCCGUUACGAUGCAUCGACAAAGCAUCUCAAUGUUGUGUUACAGGUCAACUCGCAGGCUAAAAGUCCAGCACUAAAGAAAUGGAUCAAGGAAAAUUCAACCCACGGAAAGCUUGCCACUGCGUCGUUCGAUACUGCUGCGAAGGACCAAAAUGCAGAGUUUGAUAGGGUGUUACAAGAGCUAAAGGAUAAUGCGAAGGAGAAUCUUGGAUCUUGA